AUUCUUUGCACAUUCAAAGCAUCUGUCAGCAAAAUUGAAUGGUAAAUCUAACCUCAAUUGUAUCAUUAAAUUUGUUGAAAAAUAAAUACCGUAUUCUUGUUUGGAUAAUUUAAAAGAAAAAUAAAUUUUAAUCAUGUCGAUUUUCGAUUACAAUGGUGGAGCCUUGGUGGCAAUGAAAGGUAAAAAUUGUGUAGCAAUUGCCUGUGAUCGUCGAUAUGGUGUUCAAAGUGCUACAAUUGCAUUAGAUUUUGAUAAAAUUUUCCCAGUUGGACCACACUUGUAUUUAGGUUUACCGGGUUUAGCUACUGAUAUUCAAACAGUAGCAGAACGACUAAAAUUCAGAACAAACUUAUAUGAAUUACGAGAAAGUCGUAAAAUCACACCAAAAGUAUUUAGUAGUUUAGUUUCAAACAUGUUAUACGAGAAACGAUUUGGACCAUAUUUUGUAGAACCAAUAAUUGCCGGUUUAAUGCCACGCACAUUCGAACCAUACGUUUGUAACAUGGAUCUUAUUGGAUGUCGUAAUGAACCAGAAGAUUUUGUUGUGGGUGGUACAUGUUCCGCUCAGUUGUAUGGUAUGUGUGAAUCUGUAUGGGAACCUGAUCUAGAACCUGAAGAUUUAUUCGAAACGAUCUCUCAAGCCUUAAUUAAUGCAUUUGAUCGUGAUGCAUCUUCUGGUUGGGGUGCAGUCGUAUAUAUCAUUGAAAAGGAUAAAGUAACUAAAAAGAUAUUAAAAACACGAAUGGAUUAAAAAUAUCCAGCUAAGGAUGGAAAAAACAUUUUCAAAAUUAUAUCUUAUUUGUACGUCUGCAUAAUACAAUUUACAAUUUUCAUGUAUUUUUUUUUUCAUUAA